AUGGCCGAGCAAAAGGACGGCCAGGAAAAUCCAAUGAACGUCGAGGAGGGAGGGAUAAAGCCAAGCGUGGCCGAGUUGGCGGCCGAUAGACUGAAAACGCAGCCGUCCAUGAUGUCGCGAGGGAGCACAAAGUCGCGAUCGCGGAAGAGAAGGGAGGCCCGGAAGAGGGGCAAUUGCGAGGGACGAGAGCGCUGGGAUUGCGAGGAGGAGCCCCACUGGCGGAUCUACAUGCAGAUGUUCGCGGACGACGCGAAGAGACGCGAGGAGGCGGACCGCGAGAGGUACGGCGCGUUUUACCGCAAAAAGCCACCCAAGGACGCGCCCUCGCGAUGGCCCGGCAUCUGCUUGACCACGGGGCCCAUCUGCCAGGCCCUGAACGUCCUCAACACGUCCAAGCGCCACGACGACCCCUCGCCGGAAUCCAAAAUGUGGGAUGGAUUGCGCGAGCCCAAACUGCUAUGGGAUUCGGCGAGCGAGUCGAGCUGCAGCGCUCCCGAGUGGCCGAAGCUGUUCCCGUGCUCGAGGCGCGACGUGGUGAGGGAGCGGAAAAUCCUCGCGAGGAAGGCUAAAAUGAGGAAACUGGGCGCCCUGCCGUGCAAAAUCGACGCGGUCGAUUCACCAGAGUCCAGCGACGAGGAGGAACUGGUGGAGAUGGCGAACCUGAAGGAACUCGGGCACGCGGUCAUACCGCGCACGUUGCCCAAGAAGCGCAACGUCAUCCUCGUCGAUCGAGCUUGCGGGGAGAGCCCUGGACUCGUCGAGGGCGACUACGUCGUCUUCGAGCUCGUCUCGAAAAAGGCCACGAGGUCGUACACCAAUAUUUGCCUCAGGGGAACUACGGGGAUGCACCUGGGCGAGCUCGAACGCGUGCGCGAGCGCACGUGGAAGUUUUGCCUCUUCCAAGCUCUCGUCGCUCUCCUGACCAAGACCCAAUUCAGGUACAAGUACGUGUGGAGCGCAAACAUCGAUUACAUGUACGAGCACGCGUGGAUGUUGUUUUUGCACGUGGGCUUGCUGAACGUGGUGAAGAGCCAGAGGUUCGACGACGUGCUCGUUUACAAUUACAAGUACAGCGUGGAGGUCGAGUUGGUGGACGAACUCGGUGGGGUGAGGGUCGACCCGAUGGUGGGUUUCAGGUACACGGAGAGGGGCGGGUGCAAGCCGAAACGAAGGCCGAGGAGGGAGCUCAUGCUCGUCAAGUCCUCGUUCGGCAGCGAGAGGGAGAAGGACCAGUACAAGCUGCCCGCGCACAGGAGCUACCGGGCCGUGGAGAAAUGGUUCGACAAGCUCGAGAUUCAAUACACCAAUUGCAUAUACAGAACGACGAGGUUCUCGCUGGCCUUUUGGCAGGACGGGCCCUUCUGGUACCUCUACAACCCGUACAGGUGCGACAAGCACGGUUUCUGGGACGACAAAGGCUUCGCUUGCGUGGUCAAGUUUUGCACGAAAGCAUCGCUCAAGCGCCACCUGAUGAUCCUCACGCUGAGAGCUUACGCGUACGAGGCCGAGGUACACGGCGCCGACGACGCCUCGGACAAGUGCAAAAACAAGAAAAAGUCCAGAGAAGAGUUCGCCAUUCAGAUUUUCCAAGUGAUAUACCACUCGUGUCAGAUACACAACGUCAAACUGUACAAUCGCAAGCCCAAGAGGCCGAGGCUGGCUACGCUCGUCGAGGGGAAAAAAAGCGACCCCUGCACCUUCGAUCCACUCGUCCAAUUGGCACCCAAAGUAUGCACGGGAGCUUGCGACGACGACGAGUCGAGCGGCAACAUGGAAAAACCCCGGUGGAUCCAGGAUUCGAGGAUCACGUGGUCGAAGAACGCGACAGACGUGGCCGAGUGCAAGAAAGGCGGCGAGGAACGGCCCAAGUGGCACGCUUACGACGUACUCGAGCCCCGCCGACUAUACGUGCUCUGGAGCGACGUCCACGUGUCGGACCAGAGCUUCGCCCCGGAAAACCGCAACAGACAGGUCGAAACCUGCCACGCCGUUUGCGCCGGCAUGGGCCUCGUCAGAACCGCGGAGUAUUGGACGCCCGACGUGCUCAACGCCAUAGUCGUCAGCGGGGACAGGUUCUUCACCGAACGCAAGCUCAAGCUCCAACGGCUGCUUGACACGAAGGACAUCCGCUGCGCAAACUGGGACGUCCAACCACUCGACCAGUUUCGCGUGGCCAACAUGCUCUUUGAGCUCAAAGUACACCCGGUGACUCGAGGUCGGCUGUUUGCAAGGGGCCAGGGUCUUUGGUCUACGCUAGAGCGGCUGUUCCGGGAGCACGAGUUUGUCAGCCUGAGCUGCCAGAGCUCGAGCUUUGGUAUUUUCAAGCACUGCGGGGCGUACUACGCCCUCGACGUGCUGUCCUACGGUCCGCCGGUGUACGGGCGUGGUCGAGGCGGCACCUACUUGCUGAGGGCCUCGUGCUUCGGUGAUCUGGUGAAGUGUUUGGUGCUGGUCGUCGGCACGCCCGAGUGCUGCGAGUUCGAGCUCAGGCCGAUGGAGAUCGUCAGGGUGGAGGAGCUCGGGGUCGAGGAGUCGGGCGUGGUGCGCGAGGAGACCGAGUGCGGGGAAGAUUAUCCGUCGAAGCCCGCUUGUCCACUGGAGGACGAGAGGAGAAAGGCGAGCAAGAAGAGAGGACCCGGAGGCCCCGAGCCCCAGCAAAAGAUCAUCGACAUCGUCGUUUGCAAGAAGACCAAGUCCUAG